CACACCAGGGCCUUUGGGUCAUGUGGCGAGGUUAACACCACUUUUAUUGAUGAAAUACAAAUGAAUAUAUUAUUGAGAUGAUAAUGUACGAUACAGCAUACAAUAUCGUUGUAGUUACGAGCAGAACGCUUGAAUUUUGUGGUCUAAAGGAGAACGUGGAGGCCUGUGGACUACAUUUCCGCAUGUGGUGUGACGUCACAUUUAAGCGACACGCCGUUUGUUGUGGUUCAUCUUUUGUCUUUUGUGUAUUUCGGUUUUUCAUGUGACAAACAUCGCAAUGGACUUGACCCGUCUGGGGUUUUUGGCCUUGUUGUACUUUUGCGCGCAGGCCGCCUCGCCGCCCAAUUUCGUCGUGAUCUUCGCCGACGAUUUGGGUUUUGGGGACUUGGGCUGCUACGGACACCCCAGCUCGCUCAGCCCCAAUCUGGACCGACUCGCAGCGGGGGGGCUCCGCUUCACGAACUUCUACAGCACCAGCCCCAUCUGCAGCCCGUCCAGGGCGUCGCUGCUGACGGGACGGUAUCAGACCCGGUCGGGCAUCUACCCCGGAGUUCUGUAUCCCGGUUCCAUAGGCGGCCUCCCGCUGAACGAGACCACCAUCGCCGAGGUGCUGAAGCCUCUGGGCUACGCCACCGCCGCCGUGGGCAAGUGGCACCUGGGAGUCGGGCCCAACGGAACCUUCCUUCCCACCAGGCAGGGCUUCGACCAGUACCUGGGCAUCCCGUACUCCCACGACAUGGGCCCGUGUCACAACCUGACCUGCUUCCCGCCGGACGUGAAGUGCUUCGGGCUGUGCGACCCGGGCACGGUUCUGGUCCCGCUGAUGCGCGACGAAGACAUCAAGGAGCAGCCCGUCAACUUCCUGGACCUGGAGCGAGCUUACGCCGACUUCGCGGCCGCCUUCGUCGCCUCGGCGGCCGAGAGGAAACGACCCUUUUUCCUGUAUUAUCCUUCCCAUCACACGCACUACCCGCAGUACGCAGGCCCGGGCGCCGCCGGGAAGACGUCGAGAGGCCCGUUCGGAGACUCGCUGCUGGAGUUUGACGACACUGUCGGAAAGCUGCUGGCCACCCUGGAGGAGAGCGGCGUCAUCAACCACACGCUCGUCUUCUUCACGGCGGACAACGGGCCUUCUCUGAUGCGCAUGUCCCGCGGCGGCAGCGCCGGCCCUCUGAGAUGCGGCAAAGGCACCACGUACGAGGGCGGCACGAGGGAGCCCGCCAUCGCCUUCUGGCCCGGCACCAUCACGCCAGGUGUGACCCACGAGCUGGCCAGCACUCUGGACAUCCUGCCCACCAUCGCCAGGCUGGCCGGCGCCAGAGCGCCCCCGGUGGCGCUGGACGGUUUCGACAUGACUGAUAUCCUCACCAGCCGUGGGAAGAGUCAAAGGGAGGCAGUCAUGUUCUACCCGUCUGACCCCAGUGAAGCGUUGGGCCUGUUUGCUCUGCGACUCGGGAAGUACAAGGCGCACUUCUACACGAGAGGCUCGACGCACAGCAGCACGACGCCCGACAAAGAAUGCUCGGCGUUGUCCGCCCUGACCGCCCACGACCCGCCGCUGCUCUUCGACCUGGAGGCCGACCCCUCGGAGCGCUACCCGCUGGUGCCGGGCGGCCAGACGGACGUGCCGGCGUUGCUGCAGAGGAUCAAGAAAGUCAAGGAGCGGUUCGAGGCGUCCAUGUCGUUCGGGGAGAGUCAGAACGGGAAAGGCAGCGACCCGCGGCUGGAGCCCUGCUGCGCUCCGCAGUGCAGUCCCAAACCUCACUGCUGCCGGUGUUGACGCUCCGAAACAAAUCCGUCAAGGAGUACAAUGCACUUCUUCUUCUUUUUUUUUCUUUCUUUCUCUUCCUGUUGGCGCUUCAAAUUUUACAUAUCAUAAGCCCAACAGCAAAAUUGCUCAAGUCAGACGUUCUCAAAAGUGUUGGACCACAAGUGUUAUGCGAAAGAAUCACUCAAUUACUGGAGUUGUUCAAUCUGUGCAUGUUAGAGAGAUGUAAACAUGUUUUGGUUUCUUUUGUUUUUAAUCCAGCACAGAAAAGGCGCUAAGCGCAGUUCAGCUGUCUUUAACUUUGAAGUGAAAUUGUGAAAAAAGUGAAAAUGAAAGUUGCAUUUUUAUCUUGUAGGACCGUCCUCAAAAAGGUUUUCAGGUACGGGAUAAGCGGCUCGGAAAAUGGAAAGGAAAAAGUAUUAUUCCCUAUAUUUACAAAAGAGCUAAGUUGUUGUUUUGUGGUGGUACUUGAUUUAAAAAAAAAGUUUCACAACGACUGUCCUAACGAGAUUUUUGCUCACACUUUCGUACUGUUCAAGUCAAUUCUAACCCGUUUUGACCUUUGACAGCAAUAAAAUACUAUUACAGUGUAAUAAUGAUGUACCGGAUGAUUAAAAAAUAAAGCGACUGAGGCUGUUCCUGUUUGUUGAA